GAGUGGAGUGAGGGAAAGAGUGUGGAAAAAAGGUAACUGCCAAUUUAUUUUUGCGCUAUGCUCGUCGCAAGACCACCUGUUGGGGAUAGAGGAGGUGCUUUUGGCAGUAGCAGGGCUAAACAGGGCAGGCACAGUCUUGGGUUGAGACUGGCCACGCGAAAUGGUUCUCACGGUACCUAUCAGCCAAAAAAAGUGCCUGCCUCUCAUACACUAUGUGUGCUCUGUGCGGGCCGGCACGUACAUGAUCAUGGAUCGCACAUAGCACACCAGGCGGGCCAAAAUAUCGAAGGGACGUGGGAAGUGAUUUCAGGAUCCCUUGCCGACAAAUGUGCCGCUGGGAAUCUCGCAUGGCUGUUCUCCCGGACCAGGCCUGCUCCCAGCCAAGCUGCAAUGGCCAGCGGCAGUGUCCAGUCAAAUGGCGAUCGACAUUUGCAAAGAGCAAUGCUCUGGGUUAUCUAUGCUUUUUGCAGCAGCCUGGCCUGUCAGAAAUCAGCAGUCUGUGCCUGCAAAUGGACAGAACGACUGAAUGGAAGGAGGAGAAGCGCCGACCAGUGUGGACAAAUUGGUGGCAAUUAUUUCGGCGUGCCCGUGCAUGGGAACAGCCCGAAAACGAACCAUCCGCGCUUAUCAGUCUCAGAUGCAAAUCGCGCCCGCCAUCCCUCUGCCGAAAAUGCUCUGACCACUUCAUUACACUGGCUGGCAUGGAGCAGAGCAGCUAUCUUCGAGAUUCGUUGCUGAGGCUGCAAUGAGAUGCGAUAAGGCAGCGGUGCGGGACCGCAUUUCAUGCCGCUCUUUUGCACAUAGCGGCGAGUUUGUCGGGCAAACAGG